AUGGACACAUCGAUGGGGACCACGACAGUCGCAAGCAAAAUCAAUGCGAUCGCGCAAGCUUCGUCCACCUCUGCGACGCGCAUGGAAAUGGACAUGGGCAACUCCUGCAAGAUCUCGAUGCUAUGGAACUGGAAUACGGUAGACUCAUGCUUUAUCUCGGACUCCUGGCAAAUUACUUCCAACGCGAUGUUUGCCGGUUGCUGCAUUGGUGUCAUUAUUCUAGUCAUAGUCCUUGAAUUUCUACGUCGUCUGGGAAAGGAGUAUGAGCGUUUUUUGCUAAGAAGCCACAAACAACGCCUUCAACAGUUAGGAUCGGAGGCAUUCACGGCCGUCGAGCCAUUAUGUGGCUCGAAUACAAUGCAAACUUUCAAUCCCACGAUACCUCAGCAGAGUGUCCGGGCCCUGCUGCAUACGGUGCAAUUUGCAGUGGCCUAUUUCAUCAUGCUCCUUGCCAUGUACUACAAUGGUUACUUUUUGAUCUGCAUCCUCAUCGGCGCCUACAUCGGCUCGUUCGUCUUCUCGUGGGAACCUGUUCAAUUUGAGUAA